AGUGUCCAAGGCCAGGUCGGAUGGGGCUCGGAGCAACCUGGGCGAGUGGAAGGUGUCCAUGGCAACCCUGGCAUGGCCAGCAGGACACAGGGACGGGGGACAGGACACAGGGACAGGACUGGGCUCAGCACACAAGACCCAAAUUCCAUCCCUGAUACCUGGGCAGGGAACUCGAGCAAAUCCAGGCGAGCCCUGGAGCUCGGGCGGCCCCUCAAGGGUUAAUUCCUCCCUCUCUGCCCCAUUAGCAGCCGCAGGAGCAGCAGCAGGAGCAGCAGCAGGAUGGAUUCCGUCAUGCUGGGAAGGGGAGGGGGCUCUGGGGGCUCCCUGGCUGGGAUUCAUCCUGAGCAGGAGCCCCUGGCCCGGGCACGAAGUGUCCAGGAAUCCCAUGGGAACAGGGUCAGGGGAGGGACCAGGAAUCUCACGGGAACAGGGUCAGGGGAGGGACAUGGCCCCCAGUCCCCCCCCAGCACGGAGAGUCCUCUGGGAGCGCCCAGGGACACCCAGGGAUCCAUCCCACUGUCAUUCCCCUGGGCCAACGUGCUGGUUUUGGGAUGCAGGUACCGGCUUGGGGCCGGGAGCCCCGUGGAAAAGGACACGGUGGGGACACCGGGAAUGUUGCGGGACCAACCUCCUCCCUCAGCUCCAGGGGCUCAUCCUGCUCCUCGAGGGGGUGCAGGGACCCCCAGGAGCCCCCCCGGCAGUGCCGUGCCCACCCGGGCCAUGCCGGGACGGUGCCAAGUGUGCCGAGCUGACCCGGGUGAGCCCCGGACCCCCGUGCCGAGCCCAGACCGGGAUCGGGACACAGAUUUAGGAGGAAAACAGCUCUGGGGCGAGAUGAGACAAACGGAAAAGCGGGAGGAGCGGAAAGCCCCGGCGCAGACGGCGGAGUUGUUGGCAGGAGCUCGGCGGGACCCCCGCGGGCCCGGCCGAGCCCGGAAGAGUUAAAUCCCCGCCGGAGGGUGAGCUCAGGUAGGCUGAGCCUGGGGCUCCCCUCGAGCCGGAGGAGGGGCCUGGCUGACCAGUGCCGCCUCACAAAACCCGGCUCCCCGCCGCUAUAAAAGCCGGCUCUGCCAGGCUGGGCGCGCACCGUGCCCGUGCGCGCGGGGAGCGGGCGGGCCGGCCCCGAACCCCCCUCCCCGAGCCCGGCGGGGACCCCCCCGAGCCCCGCAGCGCCCAGGACACCCCCCGAACGGCCGGAGGAGAGCCCAGGCUCGCCCCAACCAUGUCCUUCGCCAUGCUGCGCUCGGCGCCCAGCCGCUACCUGUACCCCGAGAUCAGCAUGCUGUCCGAGGACGAGGAGAACGGCAGCGAGAGCUCGGGCUCGGACGAGAAGCCCUUCCACCUGGACGCCGAGGGCUACGCGCUGAAGGCGGGCAAGCGGCGCGGGGCCAAGAAGGCGGCGGCGGCGGCGCGGCUGUCGCGGGAGCCGCGGCAGAGGCACACGGCGAACGCGCGGGAGCGCGACCGCACCAACAGCGUCAACACCGCCUUCACCGCGCUGCGCACCCUCAUCCCCACCGAGCCGGCCGACAGGAAGCUCUCCAAGAUCGAGACCCUGCGCCUGGCCUCCAGCUACAUCUCCCACCUGGGCAACGUGCUGCUGGUGGGCGAGGCGUGCGGCGACGGGCAGCCGUGCCACACCACGCCCGCCUUCUUCCCGCACGCCGGAGGAGGAGGUGGUGGAGGUGGAGGCGGCAGCCCCCCGGCGCGGGACCCCGACAGCUCCCAGCCCAAACAGAUCUGCACUUUCUGCCUCAGCAACCAGAGGAAGCUGAGCAAAGACCGCGACAGGAAGACGGCGAUCCGGAGCUAAAGCAUCGUCCCGGCGGGAAGGGCCGAGGAGCGGCGGGACAAGGACAGGGAAACAGCCACACGCACACUCGGACCCGCGGCCACCGGAGCUCCCGCCCGCUCCUCCCCCGCGAAAAGGACUCAUCCCGGGGCUCCCCGGACACGGCCCCCGGCCCCCAGGAGGUGGACACGCACCCGCGGGGCCGGCAGGGCUCGGAGGGCCACGCCGGGACAGCGCCGGACACGCGUGGACACUCCACGGCGGCACAGGGAAUUCUGCCCGGAGAGCCAAAGGGACAUGGGACUGCUGCCCGAGACACAGGGACAUGGGACUGCAGCCUGGA